GGGCUCCAGAUCAUCCCCACCAGCUAGUCAGCCCCGCAAGCUCACAACCCAAGAAGGUCUUUAGGGCAACGGGGGGAAGAAGCUCUGGCUGCAGUUUUCUCAAGAGCCACCUGAGAGCCCUGAGUUCUAAUCCUGAUUCUGAUGCUGUGUGACUCCCGUGAUGUUAACUGGACCUCUCUGGGCAUCUGUUUUUCCUAUCUGUUGCGGGGGAUGGUGAGCAAGAAAGAGACCAUAGUAAAGUUGGUGGGACUGUCUGAGAAAGGCAGGAAUUCCAGCUUAGCAGUUGCGUCUGAUUUCUAGUGACAGGAGAAGUGACUUGGCUUGGGCAGAGGACUUGUAACUGUGGUAUUUCUAGGAUCCUCUCCCCCCAUCCCCAUUCUUAACAUUUCCUGUGGAAAACUGUCCUGUGGCUCCACCCACCCAAUAAAACAGGAGGAUUUCAAACUUAUGGCCUAGCCAAAGAGGGGCCCAGUUCCCUCCCCCAUCCCCAGGAGACCUUCCCACCCCAUUCCCACAGAUUUAAUCUAAGAACAUUUGUAUAAAAGGCAGGAGGAAGCAGAGAGGGAUUUGUGAUUGGAUAUAGAAUCAGGGAGGGUCUGCUUUUAAUUGGGACUGAAAUAUGGAAUCUCUUGCACCUCCCAGAAACCUUUCUAUCCUCUCCUUGCUCUAAGCCUGCAGGGAACGCUCAGGUCCUGCUGGCCUUUUCUCUGAGAGACUCUUUCUGGUGACCACAAGAGGAUUUGAUCACUCGAGACAAAGCUGCCAGAGGAGCUCUGGACAACAGCUAGAGGCCAAAAGCGUCCCUACAAGUGGUGCCCAGGGUGAUGUACUGACAAUGAGCGGGUGUUUUCCAGUUGCUGGCCUCCGAUGCCUAUCUAGGGACAGCGGGAUGGCUGCGCAGGGCGCGCCACGCUUUCUCCUGACCUUCGACUUCGAUGAGACCAUUGUGGACGAAAACAGCGAUGACUCGAUUGUGCGCGUCGCGCCGGGCCAGCGGCUGCCAGAGAGCCUACGUGCCACCUACCGUGAGGGCUUCUACAACGAGUACAUGCAGCGCGUCUUCAAGUACCUGGGCGAGCAGGGCGUGCGGCCUCGGGAUCUGCGUGCCGUCUACGAAGCCAUCCCCCUGUCGCCCGGCAUGGGCGACCUGCUCCAGUUUGUGGCCAAGCAGGGCGACUGCUUCGAGGUUAUUCUCAUCUCGGAUGCCAACACCUUCGGCAUAGAGAGCGCGCUGCGCGCCGCCGGCCACCACGGUCUGUUCCGUCGCAUCCUCAGCAACCCGUCGGGUCCAGACGCCCGGGGGCUGCUGACACUGCGACCAUUCCACACGCACAGUUGCCCGCGCUGCCCCUCCAACAUGUGCAAGCACAAGGUGCUCAGCGACUACCUGCGCGAGAGGGCCCACGACGGCGUGCACUUCGAGCGCCUCUUUUACGUGGGCGACGGGGCCAACGACUUCUGCCCCAUGGGGCUGCUGGCAGGCGGCGACGUGGCCUUCCCGCGUCGCGGCUACCCCAUGCACCGCCUCAUCCAGGAGGCGCAGAAGGCGGAGCCCAGCUCCUUUCGCGCCAGCGUGGUGCCCUGGGAGACUGCCGCUGACGUGCGCCUCCAUCUGCAACAGGUGCUCAAGGCGUGCUGAGGAUGGCGGCCUUCCGGGGUUGUCCCGGGCGGAUCGGCGGAGGAGGGGACGGGGGGCAGGGUUUGGGAAAGACAAACCUAGUUUUAGUACUCCCUUUUCCCUUUCGCUUCGGUAUGUCCCUCGGGACCGAUUUCGGGAAUUCCGGGCUUGUCCGUUUGCGGGGGAGGAGAGGGUUCGGAGCCAUCCCUAUCUAUGCAGUUAAGCCAGGUUAACUUCCCUAGUUCCGCUGCACGCAGUCACAUUCUGAAGUCUGCUUAACCCGGGUGGUGCGCAUAUCUUGGAAGACAGCAGCGUUUCCAAAAACCUUGCCCUCUGAUUUGGGAGGAAGGGGUUCCCCAGCA